UGCAAAUAUAGUUAAACACAGUCAAAAACCUAAAGCAGUCGGCAAUGUACAAAACGGCGACAACAACCGCAGAAAAGAAACGCCCACUGCCGGUCAAAGUGUUGUCAGGUCAGCUGAGGACGGCAGAGAGCCGGGGGACAGCUGACAGCGGGGAGGGAUACCUUAUCAAGCCGGGCCGGGGUCGCUCUCUGCUGGUCUCACUAGUGUGGAUGCAGGGGACUGUACUGGAGGUCCAGCUGGACAGAAACACCGUUCUGCUGAUGGAUGAGACGGGGACCUUUGCUGUUCAAGGCGUCAACAACAUUCCCAAAGGGAAACCAUGCUUGUCCCAAGGCAAAUAUGUCAUGGUGAUGGGUGUCAUCCAGGCCGUCUCCCCGGAGCCAGUCAUCCGUGCAGUUAAGAUGGCAGACCUCUCAGAGCUCGCCGCGCUUCACAGACGGAUGUGGAAGCUGGAGGUGGAGGACCUGCAGCAGGUGCUGGCCUGAAUGCAGAGCUGUUGGUGGAAACGCCGCUUCGCUGGUGGCAGGACGACCUGCUCCUGUCAUGUGUGUCCAGCUGGGUAUGUGGCAUUGAAGCAUCCCUUGACAAAUGAAAGAACUACCUCACAGGACUGAACAGCAGAUUCUACUAGAUGUCAGGCUUCCGACUGGGAGGUGUGAUGCAAGAGUGACAAAGAUUUGGACAUGUUAAAACAGACUUGUAUUUGUGUAUGCAGUAUUUGUGCUUCAAAGUGUGAUGGAGGUCAUAUAAACCAGCUAUUAUUUUGAUAUGUAUAUAUAAUGAUAUACUAUCAUUUUGGAAGUCAGCUCUGUCUCCACUGUGUUAAAGUGUUCAUGUGUUUUAGUCUUUUUGGUCAUUUCAUGUCUUUUUUUGGUCAUUUUGUGGUUUUUUUUAGUCAUUUUGUGUCUUUUUUUUUAGUCAUUUUGUGUCUUUUUUUGGUCAUUUUGUGUCUUGUUUGGUCAUUUUGUUUCUUUUUUGGGUGAUCUGAACUGUGCGUGUGAGAUUAUGUUCAGUGAGCGGGGGUUGCGGAGAACAUGCACAUUAAAUUGGGGGUCGCGACUCAAAAAGGUUGAGAACUACUGAUAUAAACAAGUAAAAAAUGUAGGCCUCUAAAAUGAUCAGCUAACACUUGGGUAGGAAAAUCACACCUAGAUUUGCAUUUUGUAUUAUUAACUCAUUGAAUGAGUCUUGUCAGAUUCUACCACUAGCUUUAUCUUUUGAGAAUAUGGCAUUCAUGUAUAGUAGUUGUAAGGCACAUGGUUACUGUUAAAUAAAGAUGAUUUAGAUUUUCAAGUACUCAGCCUAUUGUUCUCUACUAAAAACCGAGGAUCGCAAUUUUCCAAAAACACUAUACAAUGACAAUUCUUAUGGCAUUUUUGAUGUCAUACUAUGACUAUAGUACAGUUGCAAGAAAAAGUAUGUGAACCCUUUCAAAUUACAUGGUUUUCUGCAUUAAAAAACACAACAUGCUUAAUACCAUGCAAACAAUUAUAAUGUUUCACAUCUUUAUUGAAUAUUUCCAUGAAACAUUCAUAAUGCUGGUAGAAAAAGUAAUUGAACCCUUUGGCUAAUGACUCUUUUAAGAACUAACUGGAGUCAGGGAUUAGCAAACUUGGAGUCCUCACAAUGAAAUGAGGUUUGAGUGAGGUGUAGAGAUACAUUGACCUGUAAAAAAGACUUUUUAAGGUUGCGUUUUAGAAGAAGCAUCUGCUCAUGUAAACCAUGCCUCGCAAAAAAUAGAUCUGAGGACAUAUGAUCAAGAAUUGUUGAUUUUCAUAAGACUGUGAGGGGUUAAAAAGUAACAAGUAAAGCAGGGGUGUCAAACUCAAAUACACAAUGGGCCAAAAUGUAAAACUUGAAUAAUAUCGCGGGCCAACAUUGAACAAAUAAACCUUUUAAUAUAUACCAAACAUGUUUUGCUUUAACAUUAAAUAUGGAACCAGCAACGCUUAUAAACAUACAAUAUAUAACUAAAUAGUGCAGACAUGCAAAAUCUAAUUUCAAAUAAAAAACACAAUGUCAUUAAUUUAUUAAAUAAAAAU